GGUACACCCUCUCGGCGUCUCGCGCUCUCCGUCUGUCUGUCUCGAGCGCAGAAACAAGCCGGAGGAUCAAAGAGCCGAACUCACCUGUCUGAACGUUCACCUGGCCGCGCGCCGCAGUCCCUCCGUGUGCGCGUGAGCGCGUGUUGGAGCGCGAGGGAAGUCCAGAACCCCUGAGGAAGAGGAGGAGGAGGAAGAGGAAGAGGAGGCUCGGAGUUCUCCGGAGUUUUCCCAGAUCAUGGAGCGGACUGGAAGUUUCCUGCUGCCCGCGGUUCUCCUCCUGGUUCUUCUGGGAGUUCGGGCAGCGCGAGCGGACACCUUCCAAGCAUGCCUGGCCGGUCAGGGUCCAGACUGCACACUGGUCCAGUCCAAGGAGGACGACUUCGACUGGGAGCAGGGCGACACCAGAGGGCGGCCCAACAGCAACCCAUGGAUCCCUGCAGGUUCUUCCUUCCUGUUUGUGAACACAUCGGGUCGCUACAGCGGCCAGCGCGCCCAGCUGCUGCUGCCGCCGCUCCGCGAGAACGACACGCACUGCCUCAGCUUCCAGUUCUACCAGGCGGGGGGCCGCGRGGGGGCCGCGCCCGCCACACUCAACGUCUAUGUUACAGAGAACAACAGCCCUCUGGGAGUUCCUGUCAUUAACUCUUCUGGCCCCGCCUACCACAUCUGGAAAGGGGUGGAGCUUGCUGUAUCCACUUUCUGGCCAAAUCACUACCAGGUUCUGUUCGAGGCGGUCAGCACCGGGCAGAGAGGAGUCCUGGCCAUCAGAGACAUCACUCUGCAGGGACACCAGUGUAUGAGCACACCCCACCCGCUGCACCUUAAGGCGGUGGAGGUGAACGCCGGCCAGACGGCCUCCUUCCAAUGCACGGUGAACGGCCAGCCGCAGCACCACCUGCUGCUCUACCUGCAGGGCAUGGGGGGUCGGCAGGCCGUUGCCAAGGAGACCAGGCCGGUGAACUCCCGGCGUUACGUGGCGAGCUUCGACAUCAAGAACACGACCAAAGGCGACUCGGGACGCUACCGCUGCAUCGUCCAAUCAGAUCGAGGCGUGGGCGUGUCCUCCUACGCUGACCUCACAGUCAAACAACCACCGGUACCAAUUGCCCCACCUCAGCUCACUGCGGUCGGCGCCACCUACCUCUGGAUCCAACUCAACGCCAACUCCAUCAACGGAGACGGACCCAUCAUUGACAGAGAGGUGGAGUACCGUACAACGGCGGGCAUGCUGAUCGACACCACACCUGUCGACAAGCCCACCCACAAGAUCGGACACCUGGACCCAGACACAGAGUACGAGAUCAGCGUUCUGCUGACCAGGCCCCUGGAAGGAGGGACAGGAAACCCUGGGCCACCGCUCAGAGCCAGGACCAAGUGUGCAGAUCCGAUGCACGGCCCGCGGCGCCUCCUGGUGGCAGAUGUUCAGUCCAAACAGGUGACGGUCCAAUGGCAGCCGUUCGGAUACAAUGUGACGCGUUGCCACCACUACAAUUUGACGGUGCAGUACCGCUACCGGCCUGCAGGAGCCACAAGGGAGGUGAAGGAGCAGUUGGGCGAGGAGGUGGUGUCGGACACUAGGAGUGCGCAGCCACAGCACACCGUGCGUAACCUUCCGCCAUUCACCAACGUCAGCCUGAAGCUGUUGCUAAGCAACCAGGAGGGACACAAGGAGAGUGAGGAGCUGCUGGUGCUGACCGACCAGGACGUGCCUGGUGCGGUCCCGGUGGACUCCAUCCUGGGCCGCAGCUAUGAGCAGCAGAUCGGGCUGAGCUGGAGGGAGCCGCAGCAAGCCUUCGGCCUGAUCCGCCACUACGAGAUUACCUACAAAGCUCUGAGCUCUUUCGACACAGAGUUUGACCUGUCCAAUCAGAGCGGCAAGGUGCUGAAGGCGGCCAAUGAGACGAGUCACGUGUUCUCGGGGCUGUCGCCAGGCUCCACCUACUCCUUCACAAUAAGAGCUUCUACCAUCAAGGGCUUCGGGCCCCCAGUUAUCACCCAGUUCACCACCAGGAUCUCCGCCCCUCUGAUGCCACCCUAUGACCAGGAGUCCCCUCUCAACCAGACCGACUCGUCCGUCACCGUCCUGCUGAAGCCUGCUCAGAGCCGCGGCGCCCCCGUCAGUAAGUACCAGGUGGUGGUGGAGGAGGAGCGCCCCCGCAGGCUGAAGAGAGGAACUGCAGAGAUCCUGCGCUGCUAUCCGGUUCCGGUCCACUUCCAGAACGCCUCCCUGCUCAACUCCCAGUACUACUUCAGCGCUGAGCUGCCCAUGACCGAGCUGAGGAGCCCCACGGCCUUCUGUGUGGGAGACAACAGAACCUACGGCGGCUACUGGAACGCGCCGCUGCUGCCGCACAAGAGCUACGGCGUCUACUACCAGGCGGUCAGCACGGCCAACGGGGUGAGUCCACUGGUCACACUGGUCACACUGGUCAUGCUUGUUGUAUGCAGGCGUCCCUCCAGGAGGACACAUGGAGGGACGCAGGUGUCUUUGUUUUCUACAGAAAGGGGUCAGAGGUCAGGAUUUCCCAUCAUGCCUCUCUGCAGCAGCGGCAUGAUGGGAAAUAUUUGUUUUUUCAAAGCUUCACAUUCACUUCCUGUUCCUGCUGACAGAGCCAGGAACACAGAGCGCAGUGUGUGUGUGUGUGUGUCAACUGUAGUUCCCAACAUCCCUCAGGACACACGCGGGGCGCUGAGCGUGGCGCGUUCAGGCGCAGUAGGGGCGCUGAGCGCGGCGCGUUCAGGUGCAGUCGGGACGCUGAGCGCGGCGCGUUCAGGUGCAGUCGGGACGCUGAGCGCGGCGCGUUCAGGACACAAGCGGGACGCUGAGCGUGAGGCGUUCAGGCGCAGUCGGGACGCUGAGCUCGGGACGCUGAGCGUGAGGCGUUCAGGCGCAGUCGGGACGCUGAGCGUGGCGCGUUCAGGACACAAGCGGGACACUGAGCGUGAUGCGUUCAGGCGCAGUCGGGGCGCUGAGCGCGGCUUCAGCCCGUCUCUCUGUCUCUGUCCCCGUCUCUGCAUGCUUCCUGGACCAACAGCUGCCAUAAUCGCCACCCAGCUCACCACGCCGUACGUUGGCGUGGCCCCGGCGGCCGGCGACAAGCAGCUGACAGGAACUGCAACCAGGAAACCAGAACCGGAGCAGGAGAAACAGACGGACCACACGGUGAAGAUUGCUGGGUCCAUCGCUGGCAUCCUCCUCUUCAUCAUCAUCUUCCUAGGAGUCAUCCUCCUGAUGAAGAAAAGGAAGUUGGCCAAGAAGAGGAAGGAAACACUGAGCUCCAGACAGGAAAUGACUCUGAUGGUGAACAGCUCCCAACACACAGCCAUGGUGGAAACACACACUCUGAACGGCCACACCAUGUCGUCUCCAUCUUCUUUCACCCUGAAGACAAACACCAUCAGCACCUCCGUCCCCAACUACUACCCAGACCCAUUCGUACCAACAGCCAUCUUGGUGCCCAUUAAUGACGACAGCAGCCACACCAUGACCAGUGAAACCAGCAGCCUGGUCCAGUCCCACUACAAGCAGCGGGAGGCGGAGCGGGAGGCGCUGCCCUACCAGACGGGUCAGCUGCACCCGGCCAUCCGGGUCGCCGACCUGCUGCAGCACAUCACCCAGAUGAAGUGUGCCGAGGGCUAUGGGUUCAAGGAGGAGUACGAGAGCUUCUUUGAGGGACAGUCUGCUCCAUGGGACUCCGCCAAGAAGGACGAGAACCGCAUGAAGAACCGAUACGGGAACAUCAUCGCCUACGAUCACUCCCGUGUGCGUCUGCAGCCUCAGGAUGGAGACGGCGGCUCAGACUACAUCAAUGCUAACUAUGUGGAUGGUUACCACAGACCCAACCACUACGUCGCUACACAAGGGCCCAUGCAGGAGACGGUGUAUGACUUCUGGAGGAUGGUGUGGCAGGAGAACUCGGCGGCUCUUGUGAUGGUGACCAACCUGGUGGAAGUGGGCCGGGUGAAGUGCUGUAAGUACUGGCCUGAUGACACUGAGAUCUAUGGUGACAUGAAGGUGACGCUGAUCGAGACGCAGCUGCUGUCUGAGUACGUGAUCCGGACCUUCGCCGUGGAGAAGAGGGGCGUGGCUGAAAUCAGGGAGAUCCGUCAGUUCCACUUCACCGGCUGGCCGGACCACGGCGUCCCGCUGCACGCCACCGGCCUGCUGGGCUUCAUCCGCUGCGUCAAGGCCAAGACUCCGCCCACCGCCGGCCCCACCGUGGUCCACUGCAGCGCGGGCGCGGGCCGGACCGGCUGCUUCAUGGUGAUCGACAUCAUGCUGGACAUGGCGGAGAGAGAAGGCGUCGUCGACAUCUACAACUGUGUCAGAGAGCUGAGGGCGCGAAGGGUCAACAUGGUGCAGACCGAGGAGCAGUACGUCUUCAUCCAUGACGCCAUCUUGGAGGCGUGUCUCUGCGGAAACACCGCCGUUCCGGCCAAUCAGCUGCGUUCGCUGUACUACGAGAUGAACCGAUUGGAUCCCCAGACCAACUCCUGCCAGAUGAAGGAGGAGUUCAGGACCCUCAACAUGGUGACGCCCACCCUGCGCGUGGAGGACUGCAGCAUCGCGCUGUUGCCUAGGAACCACGAGAAGAACCGCUGCAUGGACGUUCUGCCGCCGGACCGCUGCCUGCCCUUCCUCAUCACCAUCGACGGCGAGAGCUCCAACUACAUCAACGCCGCGCUCAUGGACAGCUAUAAGCAGCCGUCGGCCUUCAUCGUUACCCAGCAUCCUUUGCCCAAUACGGUCAAGGACUUCUGGCGCCUGGUUCUAGACUACCACUGCACAUCCAUCGUGAUGCUGAACGACAUGGAUCCCGCCCAGCUGUGUCCCCAGUACUGGCCGGAGAACGGCGUCCACCGCCUCGGCUCGCUGCAGGUGGAAUUCGUCUCUGCGGACCUGGAGGAGGACGUCAUCAGCCGCAUCUUCAGGAUCUACAACACCGCCAGGCCGCAGGACGGGUACCGCAUGGUGCAGCAGUUCCAGUUUCUGGGUUGGCCCAUGUACCGGGACACACCCGUCUCCAAGCGCUCCUUCCUGAAGCUCGUCCACCAGGUGGACAAAUGGCAGGACGAGUACGACGGCGGCGAGGGACGCACCGUCGUCCACUGCCUGAAUGGCGGCGGGCGCAGCGGCGUCUUCUGCAGCGUCAGCAUCGUGUGUGAGAUGCUGAGGCAGCAGCGAAGUGUGGACGUCUUCCACGCCGUCAAGACGCUCAGAAACAACAAACCCAACAUGGUGGACCUGCUGGAACAAUAUAAAUUCUGCUAUGAAGUGGCUCUGGAGUUCCUGAACUCUGCUUAGCUGGGACCACCAAGCCCUUCAUCACCUCCUCCUCCUCCUCGUUGUGCUGCAGGAGGAAGAGGAGGAGGAGGAGGAAGGUGUCUCCGUUGGACGGACAGGAAGCAUGGACACCCUGACUGUCCUCUUUGUCGUCUUGUUGGUUGUUCUUGUGUCGUAAACCUGGCAGUGACUCUGACUGAAGCUCCGCCCACCUGCGAUGACCUCAUCCUGUCCGGGUCUUCCUGGACGGCAGCAGGACAGCGUCCCACUGCUGGGUCAGAACCGUGACUCAGCAGAACCAGUCCUGCCUUCAGGAAGUCUAGUCAUCAGUUCUGCUGCCAUCUUGUGGUUAGCAGCAGAACUGCACCAGCGCCAACCCAAAGACCGGACAUGAGGUUCUGUCCGUUCCUUUUAUCUGCUUCUGUUUUUAUUUAUGGGAGUCCAAAGAGACAUGCAUGUUGUAAAUGGUUCCACCAGAACUCCAGCCGUCCUUCAAAGACCUUCUUCUGGUUCUGGACGGUCUUCCUGCAGACCGCCGGACCGGUCCUCUGCUGGGGGCCCAGAUAUGAGCCAUGUGGGACAUCGUCCGUUCAGUCAGAAACGGACAGUCUGAAGAGACUCUGAUCGGACCGGAUCGCAGGAACUGGGGUUCUGCUGGUUUUGGUUCUGUUCAAGUGCCGGACCUCAGACUGAUGGACACAACCUCUGGUUGCCAUGGAAACCAUUAAAAGAUUGUGAUGUGGUCAAACAAUGUUUACACUGUGUAACCUGGAUCACAUCAGGCAUUAAACCGGUUUAAUCCUGAUCACACCAGUUCUAAACCGGUUUAAUCCUGAUCACACCAGUUCUAAACCGGUUUAACUGGGCCUCUGGUUCUGCUGAACCCCUCCCUCAUGAGUCCAGUAUCGGAUCAGUUACUGAUGUAGGCUGGUCAGGAGCUCGGCAUCAUGGGGCAUUUCAUCCCCCAGGUUUCCAUGGUAACGGCCUGUUGCAGUGGCGUAGUUCACCUUGGAGAACACCAGGGGUCAGUGUUCAUCUUCUGUCUUCUUCCUUUGUGUUUUGUAUUGGUGAAACUAACUGGACCGGACCGGGCCUCACUUUGGACCUUGGUUCUGGUCCGCUUCUGGCAGCCUGGUUCUGGUGGGCCCGGUCCGUUUGGGCCCGGUCUGUGUGAAUAAUGUACAUAGGGAGUAUUUAUUCCUUUGCUGUCGUCGUUCUUGUGAAGCACAGAGGCUGACAAUCAUGGCAGAAGAUCUUCCUGUUCCACCAUCAGAACCGCAGCGGCGCCGGCGGUCCAGUCGGAUGGUUCCGAUUCUGACCCGGUUGUGACUGGACCCAGUUAAGGCUCGGUUCUGGUGCUGAGAAGAACAUCACUGUAUAUGAAAGCUUUUAUUUAUGUUGUAUGAGUCCAAUAAACCUGAACACACCGCC